CUCUUCUUUCCUUAUUUGAGCGUUGAGCAUUAAUUGCUUAUUUGCACGCUUGUUAGAUCUUCUCUUGUCUAUGAUGGCCUCAUCAAAGAACCUACGCAUCGGCGUCGAUGUUGGCGGUACGAAUACCGACGGUGUAAUCAUCGACCCUACGAGGUCUCACGAAGCUGAUCGGGGAAUUGUUGCGUGGCACAAAGCACCAACAACUACGGAUCCUAGCCAUGGUAUCGCGAACGCCAUCACCACCAUGUUCAAAUCCGCCUCCGUGGACUCAUCUUCCGUAGCGAGCGUAACAAUAGGGACGACCCACUUUGUCAACGCGGUAGUCACCCGUGAUUCUACACGGCUUUCGCCGGUAGCAGUGCUUCGACUAUCUGGAUCCUUUAGUAAGCACGCACCACCGUGCGUAGAUUGGCCUGCCUCACUGCGAAAGAUUAUCUUAGGGCACCAUGCGUUCGUCAAAGGUGGGCUGGAAGUAGAUGGUAGUCUAAUAUCUGAUAUCAAAGAGCACGAGAUCGUGGAACAAUGCAAGAUCAUCAAGGAAAAAGGCAUCAAGAGCAUUGUUGUGAACGGAGUCUUCAGUCCGAUCGACACGGUAGAAAAGCAAGAAGAGCGUGCAGCAGAAAUUAUCAAACGGGAAUUAGGAGAACAUAUCGAUAUCGUUCUAAGUAAAACCGUCGCAAACCUCGGGUUUCUCGAGCGCGAAAAUGCCGCGAUUUUGAACGCUUCUAUUCUCUCUUUCGCCCGCAAGACCAUCGCUUCGUUCCAAACACCGAUCAAGAAGCUCGGGCUCAACUGCCCUGUCUUCAUCACUCAGAACGAUGGCACUAUAUUGGGCGGGGAGGCCGCUAGUCGGUUGCCCAUCCGAACGUUCUCUUCAGGCCCAACGAACAGUAUGCGUGGCGCUGCAUUCCUCGUUGGCAAGCAAGAGAAUGGCGAAGCGAUGAUGGUAGUCGAUGUCGGCGGUACAACAACAGAUGUGGGUUUACUACUUGCGAAUGGGUUCCCGAGACAACAAGCAGCAUACUCAGAGCUUUCGGGAGUGAGAAUGAAUUUCUCCUAUCCAGAUGUGAAAAGCAUAGGGUUAGGUGGUGGGAGCUUGGUCAGGAGAGUUGACGGGAAGUUGCAAGUCGGACCUGAGUCAGUAGGCUAUAAGCUUCCCGAGAAGGCGAUAGUAUUUGGUGGAGAUGUGCCAACAGCUACUGACUAUACUGUUGCCGCUUCCUCCGAUGUUGUAAUUGGCGAUCCUGCGAAGGUACAAGACAAAUUGGAUGAGAAAGAUAUAAAAGAGUUCAAGGAACAAACGAAGAAGAUGUUGGAAAGAAUAAUCGAUACGAUGAAGACAACGCCAGAGGAUAUCCCUGUCCUACUCGUUGGAGGUGGCGCAGUCAUUGCACCAGAUGAGCUCAAAGGUGCAAGUCGGGUCAUCAAGCCCCAGUGGUCUGGUGUAGCAAACGCGAUCGGUGCCGCAAUGGCCAGAGUCAGCGCCAUCAUCGAUACCGUUAAGUCAACUGAGAAGCACAGCCCGAAAGAAAUACUUGCUGAAAUCUGCGAGCAAGCUAAAGAGAAAACGAUCGAAGCAGGAGCGUUAUCGGAGUCCGUUGCUAUUGUAGAAGUGGAAGACUUACCGUUACAAUAUGUUGCAAACAAGACGCGAUUCAUCGUAAGAGCCGCGGGAGAAUUUGACUUUUCGCGGGCAAGCGACUUCACGAAUCUCAAUGUUACGAAAGAGGAAGAUGGAACGGUAAAGGAGAUUGACAAUCCGCAAGACGCUAUUGCCGCGCCAUCUAUAGAAGAUACAUCAGCUGAGGAUGAUGUAGCGACAGAUGUUGAUAUCGCAACGUACACACCCAAAGUCAUCAACCGCGAGUGGUGGAUAUCGGAAGUUGACCUUGAUUGGAUAACGAUUGGCUGUUACAUUCUAGGAACUGGUGGUGGAGGCUCUCCAUAUUCAACAAUGUUACGCGUCCGUGGAAUAUUGCGAUCUGGCGGAACGGUACGAGUCGUCAGCCCAGACGAUCUCAAAGACGACGACCGAGUUGGAUGCGGCGGCGGCGCCGGAAGUCCUACGGUAGGUAUUGAAAAGCUAUCUGCCGAUGAAAUGAUGGACGCGCAGAACCACCUAUACGACCUCUUCAAAGGCGGGCGUGCUACCCAUGUCAUUCCCCUCGAAAUUGGAGGCUCGAAUGGUCUACAAGGCCUCGUCUUAGGUGCAUCGACGAAUAUGGAUAUACCAUGCAUAGAUGGCGACUGGAUGGGCCGCGCAUAUCCUACCAAAUGGCAAACGACACCCGUUGUCUUUGGCGAACGCGAAAUAAUCUUUGCGCCAAUCGCUGUAGCUGAUGGCAACGGCAACACACUGUACAUGGGUAGCGCAACGAGCGACUUGAAAGUCGAACAAGUAAUAAGAGCAGCACUGAGUCAGAUGGGAAGCGCUGUCGGCACAGCUGAUGCGCCAGUCACUGGUGCUGAAACGCGACGAUGGGCAGUCGAACACACCAUCUCUCUAUCAUGGCGCAUCGGUCGAGAAGUGGCACGCGCGAGGAAAGAGAAUAGAAUCGACAGUGUUGCGGAAUCUAUCGUCGACGCUGUGGGAGGCGCAGAAACAGGACGCGUGCUCUUCAAAGGUAAAAUCACUGGAGUCGAGCGAAAGCUGUACAUGGGCCAUGUCUAUGGCGAAGUCAUUAUCGAAGGCACAACCACUCAAUACUCUGGGAAGAUCAAGAUACCCUUCAAGAACGAGAACAUUGCCGCGAUACGAAUACACGAGGGCGACGAGAGCAAGGCUGGCGAAGAGAAGAAUGAGGAUGUACUAGCCAUAGUGCCUGAUCUUAUUGCUGUCACUGAUGCGCAGAACGGCGAGGCUAUCGGAACGCCAGAGUAUCGAUAUGGUUUGCUCGUCUCGGUGAUUGGUAUCAAUGCUAGUGAGCGGUGGACGAGUCCGAGGGGUAUAGAGCUGGGAGGACCGAAGGCUUUUGGGUUAGAGCAUCUGGAGUAUAGGCCGUUGGGCAAGUUUGUGAAGCCGAUUAGCGUGAUCGAUGAGUAUGAUGGGCCGGCAUGAUCCGAACAUCUAGAGCAUUUGCGGUUCAAAUAUACAAAGCUGAGACAAGUCUGAUGUGACUGCUCUGGGUUGUGAAGUCUAGUCUAUGGAGCUUCAGUAGCUGGCGUAUGCGUCACUCCUGGGUAAAGUGGCAUGAUGACCUUAACCACGGCUUCAUAGCUCGUGAACAGAAUACCGCCACUAAAUACAGUCCGUCCC